AUGUUAAUUCGCAGUGUAUUGAAUACAAUAGCUUUACAAGCCGUCGAUAAGACUCUUCUAAUGCUGGCUAUGGCGCACCCUCCAGGCUUCCCCGAACCGUCUGAAACGCUACCUGUCGACUCAGCAGAUGAAUCUAUUAGUGACUCCGAUGAAUGUAACGAGAUCGAUGAAUCUGAGGAUUGGAAUGGUGAACCAUGGGAGGCGGUCUUUCCAUCGGACUCUCCUCUUCUAACAACAACUUAUGAGUCUCUUGAGUUGCUCCUCGACAGCCUAAAGGAGUUUUGUGUUCAGAAUCGGAUGGGCCUCAUCACGAUACGAAGUCAAAAGAAUAAGGCGAAGACUAGAACAAUAAAAUGUGAGCUUGUCUGUGAUAAGAGUCGGUAUUAUAAGCCCAGAGAGUCAAUCGCCAAAAUACGGAACACGAAUACAACGAAGUUGGCCGCCAACUGCCCGUUCAAAGUUAUCGUUCAGUCCCUCCAUGCCAACAACUACGAAUGGUCCAUGAGAGUUGUCAGCUCCCUUCAUCGAGACCACGGGCCAUCACAAGGCCUCACCGAGCACUACCAAUGGAGAAAGUUAACAGACGAACAAAUGAACCUCCUGAAAGAUCUUUGUCUUGACAAGACGAUCUCUUCUCGAUCCGUUCAUAAGCAACUGUGCCAAAAGUGGCCUCAGAUUGCUAUUCGCAGGACAGAUAUAUAUAACUGGCGAUGGAAAGUCAACCAAGCCAAACGUCAAGGCUACGGCCCCGCCAAUGACUUUGUACGGACGCUCUCUGAGUCGAAGAGAGUCUGGAUAUGGGGCUUAGACUGGAUUCAUGAUGAGUUCCGUUUUCGAAAUGCCGCUUGGGCUUAUCAUAAAGGGGGAAAGAUGUGGCAACAAUUCUCGUCAUGUCUCCAGAUUGACGCUACAUAUAAGACCAACUGCUAUAAAAUGCCUUUGGUUACUGUCGUAACUGUAUCGUCGGAGAAGACGUCCAUGCCAAUUUGUUAUGGCCUUCUUAAUAACGAACAAGUUGCUACUUAUGAGUGGUUCCUCCAACAGCUGUCGAGAUUCCAACAAGCAGGCAACAUCGCGCCGCCAAAAGUUAUUAUCACGGAUAAGGACGACCAGCUGCGUGCUGCAGCACGGCAAAUAUUUCCUAAUGCGCAACUUCAGCUAUGUGUCUUCCAUAUCAACAGCAAUGUGGUCUUAUCUAUUAAGAAGUGGUGGAAGAAAACCGAUGGCUCUGAGACAGAUAGCGAUAGUGACAAUGCAGAUACUGCUGACAUUCAAGAGAUGGAACGUGGGAAUGUCAACGUUAAAGAUAUGAAGGAUUCCAAACUUGGCCCUGUUCCCAAACGAGUAUUAAAAACUCGAGCUGGUCUGUACCUCCUCUGGAGACAUAUGGAGCGCAUUCUGAGUUAUCUCAAGAGCACAUAUUUACCUUUGAAGAAAGAAUGGGCAUGCUGCUAUACUCGCCAUUAUCGGAACUUCGGUUUGAUUACGACAGCACCGGCCGAGUCAAACCAUCAUUCUCUGAAGACCUACAACCUAUCCCUUCGGUCCGACCUCCCUGAUGUCGAAGAGGCCACAGCUAGUCAGACAGUGGAUAAACGUCUGCUAUAUAAAGACAAAAUACAACAAGCAAACACCACCAUUCGGAACCAGUUCUCAGGAAGAGAGUGGCUUGGCCAGCUGCCUUUAAGUGUCACUCGUUGGGCACUAGACCAACUCAACGAGAUCCACAGGCUUAUGGAAUCAGGCCAGAUCUCCAAGAAGCCUUUACUAGCGUGUACAGGCUCUACUAAGGCUCAAUACGGCUUGCCUUGUGCUCACAUGCUCCUCAGGUUAGCUGAUCAAGAUAAGCCACUGAAGAGGGAAGACUUGGAUCCAUUUUGGCACAUCAAACGAUCUCGAGAAAUUGACGAUCCUCUUCUUCAGGUACAGCGUCCUCCGAUGGGAAUACCCAAGGGCAGCGCUCCUAAUAGUGCGAAUAGUGCGUGUGGACACCCCAAACUGCUCCUUCAUUUUCAGCUCGCACUAUUAGGAGCGCUGCCCAAGGGACAACCACAAAAUGGCGAACCAUUUGGCAACGAACGUGCGAUUCCCGAUCAUCAACUUGCGCCUCAAGGGUCAACACGAAGUGGCGUUAAGAGGUCAGCACGUCGGAACUACUCUCAAUUCGAGCUAGGGUCAACUCUUGACGAGGAAGACGCAGCCGACCUACCAGACCAACAACAGCCUCGGCGAAAGCGGAGUAAAGUUUCUGCUAGAGUCACAACUCGAGUUACUCGUCAACAGGCAAAGGGACACAGGGGCGGGAAUAAUCCAGCUAAACAGCAUCAUUCUCCAGAUGUAGAGGAGGACCAUAAAAUAACGAAGAUUUUGCUUGCGAAGAGACAGAAAAAGUGGAAGGAAAAGGAAAAGGUUGGUGAUAGCAUUGUAGUUGCAACGGAUUAA